UCAAGAACUUCACGAGUUGGUUCUUGUUUUAAAGGGCGGGUCAAAAUCUAGUAUUUUUCUUAUAUCCCUUUGAACUUGCAAGUAAUAAUGUCCGAAUCUGCUUAAUAACGUGUUUAGCUGUUAAAUCAAGUUUCCCCAAAAAUUAAUAAUAAGUCAAUAACCAAACGAAAUUUAAGUCAAAGCCUCGGUGAUUGAACAAAAAAAAAGGAUACAGAGAAAUGGAAGGAGAACUCAAGAACUUCAUCAAGGUCUGGGUUUCUACAAUCAUCUCUGUAUCCUAUUGUUACUACCUAUCAACUAGAAUCAAACCUGUUGUUUUACGAUUACUCUCUGUUCUUCCAGUUUGUGUUUUGUUCCUUCUCCUUCCUCUGUUUUUCUCCUCUGUUCACUUCUCUGGAGCCUCAGCCUUUUUCUUCACAUGGCUCGCCAAUUUCAAGCUCAUCCUCUUCUCUUUCGACAAAGGUCCUCUUUACCCACUUCCCAAAACUCUCUCCAGGUUCAUCUUCUUCACUUGCUUCCCCAUCAAGUCUCAACAUAACCCUAAAUCUCAAAAUGAGAUCCCCAAAUGGGUUUUCGCCAUUAAAGUUGUCAUAUUUGGUGUUUUGUUAUAUAUGUAUGAUUACAUACAACACAUGUCCCCUACUAUGCUUUUGGUUCUAUAUUCUCUGCAUAUAUAUUUGGAGCUUGAGAUUGGUUUAAUGAUCGUCAAAGGUUUGGUCUUUGCCUCUCUUGGAUGCGAUCUAGAGCCACAGUUCAAUGAACCAUACUUAGCCACUUCUCUUCAAGAUUUCUGGGGUCGCCGCUGGAACCUCAUGGUCACAGCGAUCCUCCGGCCAGCUGUUUACGACCCUGUGCAGCGAAUCGCUCAAUGGAAAAUGAGCUCCGAUAAUGCUAGGUUUUUGGCGGUUUUGGCGACUUUCUUGGUCUCCGGUGCAGUUCACGAGCUGAUCUUCUUUUAUAUUACCCAUGAGAUGCCUACAGGAGAAGUCACUUGGUUCUUUGUUGUACAUGGAGUUUGCACGGCCGCGGAAGUAGCAGUAAAGAAGAGGACGUUUAUGCGGCGGUGGAAGAUGAGUCAUAUGGUUUCUCGACCGCUUACGGUAGGGUUUGUAGUUUUGACGACUGGUUGGUUGUUUUUCCCUCCUCUUAUAAGAAGUGGCAUGUUUGAGAAACUCCCUAACGAAGUCUUGUUGUUCAUUGAUUUUGUCAAACACAAGCUUUUUAAUUUUGGUUCAUGAGUUAUGAAUAUUAUCUGCGUUUAAUUUUUUAUAGCUGGAUUAUCAAAUUGUAUUUGCUUUGUGGAAUUUCAUAAUAACACUAAUUGCGAUUAGUGGUUUUAGUUGAUCA